AUGGGAAUCUUUUCCCAAGGCAAGUGGUGUUGGGACUUAAAGUGGAGAAGAAAUUUAUUUGACUAUGAGCAACAUACAGCUGUGACAUUCAUGGAAUCAAUUACUGGCAUUCAAAUCCAGCCUCAUAUGCAGGAUAUUCGGGUUUGGAAAGCUGAUAGUAGUGGUAUAUAUUCUACUAAGUCAGCUUACAGACUUUUGAAGACCACCACCCCAAUUAUGGAGGCCAACAUCCUGAAGAUUGUAUGGAAUCUGAAUGUACCCCCAAGGGCUGCGAUUUUCUCAUGGAGACUUAUCCUAGAUAGACUGUCCACUAGAGGAAAUCUCCUUCGAAGAAAUGUGCAGAUGCAGGAUACUUCAUGCCCUCUGUGUGGGAAUGCUCAAGAGGAGGUGGAUCAUUUGUUCUUCAAUUGUGAAAUGACCUUAGGGUUGUGGUGGGAAUCUAUGAGUUGGAAUUAG